UUUUAGUCAAUUGCCGAAUGGCAAAAGAAGAGGAAGAGGAAGUGAAGCCGUCAUCAAGUGAUGCUAUCAUUGCAUCACUGAUUAACGAAGUACGUAAAACAAAUGAGCCGUUCGAUAUGAAAAGCUUAAUUGGUGGGAAACUCGAAGUUGCAACAAAAAGAGGGGCAGAAAGUGAUGGAAGUCUUUCAUCAUUACGCGGAUAUAGCAAGAAAUUAAAACGUCACAGGGAUAAGAAAUCCAAAAAGAGCAAGAAAUCGAAGUACAAAUCACCAUCCAAGUCAAAGUCACCAUCGCACAAAAAGAAACAUCAAAGUCACAGUCGUUCCACAAGUAUAGAGAGGCAAAUUUGUCAUGAAAGCAUUGAGAAGUGUAUCACUUAUACUAUACCGCCAUCCGUUGAAGCUGUUAUGGAAAAGAUCUCAGAUGAUGAAGAUGAUCUUCCUGUUGGUGCAGACUUCCUCAGUGUAAAUGCUAGCAGUUCAAAAAUGGGUGGAAAAAGUGAAUCAUUUCAAGAUUUUUCUGGCGGUGUACAAAAUAGAACAAAAGAAUUUAACGUUAAUGAAGAAGUAUUUCCUUUGGCUAAGAAGAAGAAGUCUGAAAGUCCACCUGUGUUAAAGAAGCCACGCCCAUUAUCGGAAAUACUGGCGAAGGUGCGAGCCGAAAGAGAUAGUACUUUUGUACCACGUAAUAUCAAACUGAAACAAGAAAAUGGAAAAAGUAUUGGCGGGUCAACUUCAGAUAUGGUCAGUCAUACAGUUCCAAAAAGUGAUGGUGGUAGGCACGAUGAUGUCGAAUAUGGACCAAGACCAGUGGAAGCUCUUGGGACACAGCCAAUCUCCGAAGACGAGGAUGAAUUGCAGUUAUCGCCUCUUAAAAUAAAGCAAACUAAAGCUUCAAAAUCCAUUAAAAUCGCCACCAUAAGCAAGGUGCUAUUCGGUGGUGAAAAAAGAGGUCAGAGGGGAAAAGAUGGCGAAAUUCCAGUAAGUGAUACAAGUGCGGGACCUUCUUUUUCAAAUGAUGACACUGUUGAUGAAUUGGUUGCUGAAAAAAAUUCGAGAUUGGAACGAGGAAUGAGUGGAAAUGAAAGUGAGACGAGGAAAAAAACAGAUGAAAAGAAAAGGAAAAAAGAAAGAAAAGAUAAGAAGCAUGGAAAACGAUAUUCAAAACGCAGCAGUUCGUUGUCAUCGGAUAGUGAGAGGGAAUGGAAGCUUUUGGGAAAGAAAAACAAGCUGAAGGAGCAUUCACGAUACUCAGGACGAGACUUUGAUAAAACUCGUAGACGACCUGGUAGCUUUUAUGUACAAUCAUAUUAUGUAGACAGUAAUAAAAAAGUACAUGAAGGUUCGAAAUGGCAGUGGAAUCGUGGAGAAAAAGAUGUCAAAGAAAAAACCAAUGCACUUUUUAUGCACACACGUUCGAAGGGAUGGAGGCAAAUUCGCUCUACAAGAAGUCCUUAUCCAGAACGUAAGCGAAAGCGAUCACCAUCAAGUUCAUGUUCACGUUCAUAUUCACGCACAAGGUCGUUAUCAGGUUCAUCUUCGCGAAGCUCGCAUUCGUCUCACUAUCGUAAAGUGCGGAGCUCUUAUCGUGGUCACAGUCAUUAUUAUUAUCACCGUGAUCGCGAGAAUAGCUAUAAACGACGAAUUGAUGAUGAAUCAAAUGGUCACAAAAUUGACAAAAAGAAGUUACUGGAGAUUGCACAAAGAAAUGCUGCUCAAAUGGCACAACUUGGUUAUUUACCAAAUGUUGAAACAAAAGCCCAACUGAAAACAGACGGACAAUCUGUCGAUCAACUUGUUGAUUUUUGUCAAAAAUUACAACGCUCACAAGAUAAGGCUGCACGACGUGAGAAAGGCGAGACAGUAUCGAGUGAUGAAGACUUGGCGCCAAGAAAGAAAAAAGGCGAAGAUGAUACUGAUUUCCUGAAACAUCCAUUUGCUUUGAAACCUGCUACUCCAAUCACUAUUAACAUUCCAAAUUCAAUUCCAAUUCCAAUUAAAACACCUGCGCAAAGGACGCUAGAAGAAAGUCAGUUACGUAUUACUUAUCCGGUUUCCUCCGGGGCACAGCACCGAGAAAAAGAUAAUGGAUGGAUGCCAGUUAAAAAGGAGGAAGUAGUACCAUCAGUUUGCAGUCUAGCACAGAAGACGAAAUUGGCCGCACUCACUAAGCAGAAGGAGAAGGUCUUCAAUACGUUUGAAAUUGUAGCUGCCAAAUCAUUCGUUUUGCCACCACCCCCACCACCGCCGAUAUUAGCGUCGUUUACACAUUCUGCCUCUUCUUUGUUGAAUUUGCCUCCACCUCCACCACCACCUGAUUUGUUUUCUGAUUCUUGCAACGCUUCGCAGAAUCAAGAGCAGAAUUCUUCUCUCGGUCUAAACUAUGGUAAUGUUGUCACAGUGCCGGAGGAAGAAUCUGUAUUCAGGGAACCAAAGCCCCUUCAUCAUACGCCGGCAAAUGUUGGCAGGGUGAUGGCAAAACGGAUAAAAGCAAGUAAGCUGUUAGCGAAAGAUCCGAAUGACUAUGAAGCAAGACGUCUGUUGAAAGAAGCUGAUGAUCAGAUAAGAGCAUGGGCUGAGAGUAAAAAGAAUUUACCGGGAAAGUUUACUGGAUCCACCGAUGUGAAUGUACUGAAAGCUGAUCAGCUUGGCCCGGAUGGUCCGCGCUUCAGUGUUUGGGCAAAAAAGGAUUUUUUAAAACAGACGAAUGCUGUGAACAGUAGUGUGGGUUUAAAGUUGAUGCAGAAGAUGGGUUGGACACCUGGUGAAGGCCUGGGAAAAGGGAGAGAUGGUCCUCUGGAACCGCUAGUUUUAGACAUCAAAUCGGACAGGAAAGGUUUGGUAGCAACAGAAGAACUUCCAGAAUCGAAGAAGUUACGCUCAGAUUCUAGGAAAAAUUUGACUGGGAAACAUCCUGUAUCUGUUCUUAUGGAACUUUGCUCAAAAAAACGAUGGCAUGCUCCACAGUUCACAUGUUUGGAAAGUGGACCAUCAAAUAACCGUAGAUUUCUGUGGAAGGCUGUUGUUAAUGGUGUCGAAUAUCAACCUUCUACCCCAUCAACCAGUAAAAAAACUGGUAAGGCUCAGGCAUGUCAGGUGGUUCUACAAUCUUUGGGUUUGGUUCCGCGCGAUCCGUCGUUACCAGUUGUUUUAUAAGAAAAUCUCUAUGUAUCGUGAUGGCAAGCCAACCAUGUUUUUCUCACAUUCGGAUGAGUAUUUAUAGUUCUUCCGCAAAGUGCUGAUUGUAAACAGUUUUUGUCCCGUGUGUAUUUUGUC